AAACGUUCCGUCCCAUUCCGUGUGCAGGAGACGAGCGCCUCAUUUCUCCCGCACUACACACCGAGUGAGCGCCAGACGGCCCGCCUGCUAAACGUUAGUCAGCCGCAGCUCCGCUGUUGUGUCGGUUUCAGCGGUCGUCGCUGUUCAAGGGUGUCUGGACUGCGCAAAGGGAAGCGAGGAUAGAAACGGCCACUGGGCGUAGCUGGAGGAGGAAAAGCGGUGUAGCCUCGGUUGAUCGUUGUCGUUACCUGAGGGGUCAACUCAGAAUAGCCUGUUGAGUUUCGAGGUCCUGAUUCCUGUUUGUUGAGAAGGACUACCAGGACUGAGGCGCCAUGAAACCAGAAGGGGUUGAUGCAGCAACAAUGGAAACCACAGUAGCACUAGCUGCCGAUCCUGUCGUCGAGGCCGCGCCACCGGGGGAGGGUCAGGGACAGACCCCGCCCACCUCACAGACAGAAGGCACUGGGCCAGGGGAACCGCAGACAGCUGAGACCCCCACCGCCGCCACCAAGACCGGCAAGACCAAGCCCUCAGACCCCAAAGGAAAGACGAAGCCUGGCAGCAAAACCAAGACCCCCACGAAGACGGCAGCAGCUGGGCCUCGUGCCCCCACCGGUCAGGGCCGCAUAACGAACGGGGUACAGAAGCCACAGACCAACGGCGUUGCAAAGAAGACUGCUCUGGAGAAGAAGACCGCAUCCACUGCAUUGGCCCCCCAGAAAAAGCCAGCAGCUUCUGCCAGUGCUGGAACCGCCAAGGCGUCCAGCGCCAGGCCUGCUGGUGCAACACGGCUGGUCUCUGCCCCUGCUAACGGGACCAAGACCGCCGGGACAGCGCACCUGGCUAAGAAGACGGCAGUCGCACCUGCCAAUGGGGAUAAAGCCAAACCAAAAACUACAGCUCCGAGACCCGUCUCUACCGGCGCCACCAAGCCCAGCAGCACUUCCUCUCCAAAACCGGACAGGCCGCCUGCAGCCAAGACAGCCAGGGCUGCUGCAGGACCCGUUUCUCGGCCGACCGCCGCUGCGCUGAAAACAGCUACCACCGCCACGUCCAAGACGUCAACGACUACGUCGAAGCCCUCUGCUGUGGCGAAAACCUCCACUUCGACCGCCAAACCAUCACCUGCUAAAUCUACAGCUCCCGGUGCUGGCUGCAUUCCCACUCAACCUUCAAAGACCACUACACCUGUCAGGAAAGAUGUUAGCAAGCCAAGCACUCCUGCAGCCAAGAAGCCAACUGCACACCCUGUUUCUCUCCCUCCUGCGACCAAGACCACCAAACCUGACACCCCAAAGGCAGCCGCACUGGCCAAACCAGAGUCGGCAUCCAAGAAACCCUCCGCCCCCGGCAAGGUGGCGACGGAUGCCAAGUCGAGCAAGCCUAAAGACAGCAAGCCAGCUCCGUCGAAGGAGGUGAGCGCUAGCCCCAGAACCCCCAGUGCGAAGAACAGCACAGCCAAGAUGGCCAGCCCUAAGAAAACGGUUGGAAGCAGCACUCCUGUGCCAGUGAAACGCGGACCCAAGCCUACACAGGCCGCCGAACCGGCGGUUAAAGAUGGCGGAAAGAAGGAGUCAGCUCCUGCUCUGGAGACUGCCGCCACGGUUAAUGCCGUAUCUGCUUCCAGCGCUGCCACUACUGCCACUGCUUUUGUUGACCUCACAGUGGCAACCAAAGAGCAUGAUGUUCAGGCUGAACCUACAUCUGAACUUGCACCUAAACCCAAGUCUGAAGUCCUAUCAGAAUUCACGUCUGAAGUCGCACCUGAAUCCAAUUCGGUGCUUCCAGCGGAACACCCUUCUGAACUUCUGCUUGAACCCAAGUCUGAAUUUCUGGUUGUAACAGAGUCCAAUGUUGUACCUGAAUCCAAGCCUGAAUUCCUGCUUGAAAAAGAGUCUGAACUUGCACCUGAAUCCAAGCAUGAAAUCAUGCUUGAAAAAGAGUGUGAAUUUGCACCCGAAUCCAAGCAUGAACUCCUGCUUGAAAAAGAUUCUGAACUUGUACCUGAAUCCAAGCAUGAACUCCCGCUUGAAAAAGAUUCUGAACUUGUACCUGAAUCCAAGCAUGAACUCCUGCUUGAAAAAGAUUCUGAACUUGUACCUGAAUCCAAGCAUGAAUUCAUGCUUGAAACAGAGUCUGAACUUGUACCUGAAUCCAAGCAUGAAUUCAUGCUUGAAACCGAGUCGGAACUUGUACCUGAAUCCAAGCAUGAAAUCAUGCUUGAAAAAGAGUGUGAACUUGCACCUGAAUACAAGCAUGAAAUCAUGCUUGAAAAAGAGUGUGAACUUGCACCUGAAUACAAGCAUGAAAUCAUGCUUGAAAAAGAGUGUGAACUUGCACCUGAAUACAAGCAUGAACUCCUGCUUGAAAAAGAGUCUGAACUUGCACCUGAAUCCAAGCCUGGAUUCUUGCUUGAAAAGGAGUGUGAACUUGCACCUGAAUCCAAGCAUGAAUUCAUGCUUGAAACAGAGUCUGAACUUGUACCUGAAUCCAAGCAUGAAUUCAUGCUUGAAAAAGAGUGUGAACUUGUACCCGAAUCCAAGCAUGAAAUCAUGCUCAAAAAAGAGUGUGAAUUUGCACCUGAAUCCAAGCCUGGGUUCUUGCUUGAAAAGGAGUGUGAACUUGCACCCGAAUCCAAGCAUGAAAUCAUGCUUGAAACAGAGUCUGAACUUGUACCUGAAUCCAAGCAUGAACUCCUGCUUGAAAAAGAUUCUAAACUUGCACCUGAAUACAAGCAUGAAUUCAUGCUUGAAAAAGAGUGUGAAUUUGCACCUGAAUACAAGCAUGAAUUCAUGCUUGAAAAAGAGUGUGAAUUUGCACCUGAAUACAAGCAUGAAUUCAUGCUUGAAAAAGAGUGUGAAUUUGCACCUGAAUACAAGCAUGAAUUCAUGCUUGAUAAAGAAUGUGAAUUUGCACCCGAAUGCAAGCAAGAAUUCCUGCUUGAAACAAAGUCUAAAGUUCCACCUGAAUUCAAGCCUGAAUUCCUCUCUGAAACCAAGUCAGAACUUACACUUGACCACAAGCCUGAAUUCCUGCUUGAAAACAGGUUUGAAUUUGCAACUGACCCCAAGGCUGAAAACCUGAUUGAAACCAAGACUGAAUUCUUGUUGGAAACAGAGUCUAAACUUGUGCCUGAACCCGAGCCUGAACUGCAGCUAGAAACAAACUCUGAAUUUGUGCCUGAAAUCACCCAGGAACCCACUGUUGACACCUUAUUUCCUGUUGCUGUCGAGGACAGAGCAGAGUAUACUGAAGAUACAGGUCUAGAGGAGAAAACAGCUGAAAAUGUGGUAACUGAGCUGGCAUCUCACAUGGACCUGGGAAGUCUCAGGGAAACCAUAAGUGCUCCUUCUCCUUUGGGCACAACAGUUAUGUCACCACCAUCCUCCCCCACUGAGUAUGAAGCUACGACUGUUGAACCCUGGAUCUCUGCUCCAAACCUGGAUACGCAUGCCUCUGCUGAACCCUGGACACGGAGCGAGCAGCUGUUCUCCAGUGCAGAAAACCUAAAGCAAGAACAAACCAGGAGCCAGGAGCACCUCCUGGGACCUACAGAGUCUACAGCAGAGGAGCUGGUGGUGGAAGGAAAGACCUAUCUGUUGAGUACCUCUCCUCUGGAACACCUUAGCAGUGGGUCACCAACCUUACCCAAAAUGGAGAGGGAAGAGGCAGUAGAGAAAGCAGAGCAAGAGGUCAACGAGGAUGAUCAUGACGAUAUUGAAGAGGAGGAGGAAGAGGAGCAGGAGGAAAGUGAGGUUGUUAGAACUCAAACAAUGCCUCUGAGAGAGCAUGCGGAAGACUUAAAGGUUGGAUUGCCAGAAUACGACACUUCUGGCUGGGAAACGGUGCCAUCUGAUGGUGCUGGCGUCAGCAGCCAGCAAGAGAAAACUGGCACAACUUCCCCCGUUCAAAUGGAAAGUCUUCAAGCUGAUGAAAACGUGGAUGAUUUCUUUCUGAAGAAAGUGCAAUUGGAACAGCCAUUCAUGGGCCCGCCGGGCGUAAAAUCUUUCUCGGAUGAAGAGGAAGAGGAAGAGGAGGAGGAUGAGCAGGUAAGGCAGAGCAUGUGUGCUGGAGAAUGCCAUGAAAACAUUCCACAUCACUGCCCGACAUCCCAAAAGGAGGAGGAGCAAGAGGGUGAAGAUGUUGAAAGGGUUAGCGAGGGCCCCAUGGAGAUUGGCAGCGAGGGCGCUGGAAAAGUUGACGAGGAUGACUAUGAUGAGGGUUACAUGGACAGUCUGAGUCGUACUGCUCCAGCUCCUUCUAUGCCCAUGACUGCAGCGUGGGGCUCAGCCAAUCCCUUUGGAGACACAUGGGCCCAGCCAGCCUCCCUCCACAUGACAUCCAGUCCCUUAGAUGUCGACACCGAUCCCGAGACACCCACGAAGUCCCCCGCUGAAGCCUGGCUGGAGCAGCCUCUGGGGCACUCGGCAGACCCACACCUAGACGUCCGCCAAGAGACAGAGGGCUCGGUCCCGGCCGAUGGCUCCAACCUGGACAUACCUGCGGUGGGUAUGUCGCAGUCCAGCACGCUGAGCGGAGCCGCCCUGGCGGCCCACAGCAGCAGCGAGACCAGCACCCCCGAGGAACUGCGGGACUACGACAGCAGCUCGGGUGUAGAGUCACACUCGGACAAGCAGCAAACGCCUGUACCUGCAGCCCAACCCGACCAGGAUCAGGACCUUGGGAUCCACCUGGAGCGCGGGGACGGUGAAGAGGAGGAGGCAGAGACGCUCCCGGCCGACGAGGUUCUCGGGGACGCCCCUACCGCGCCGGCGUCUGCUCCGUCCUCGCCUUCCACCUCCGGAGACGAGGCCAGUGACACCGAAGGAGAGAUGCAGAUUAACGAUCCCGAUGCUCCAGCCGGUGACGCCGCAGCUCUCGAAAGCCCUUCCGCCUCCAGAAACCUCCCUGCCUUGGACGAAGACGAGGAGGCCGCCGACAUGCACGUCGGCGAGGAAGACGGCGGCACACCUCAGUCCGCCAACUCCGUCGCCUCCUACGGCUUCGACUGCUCCGCGUCCAACUCCAACGCCCAUUCCACCGCCGAGAGCAGCGGGAAGAGCCCUGGCAUCUUCUCCUUGGAGAACGAAGACCAGCUUCCGGAAGAGGCCAAAGACCCCUCGCUCAUCAAGGAGCUGACCCUGCCUCCUGCAGACGCUCACCCCGGGGAGCCGCUGGGCUGCCCAGUGGACCUGCUCCCCCUCGCCCAGCAAGCGGAGCCUCACGUCGGCCUGGACCACCAGUACCUGCUGGGCGAGAAGUCUGGAGCCAGCGUCCUGGAGGACGUUGACCCCGACUCGCCCGUGCACCUUUCGCCCCAGCGCGAGGACAUCGCUGACGAACAGCCGCCUUACUACUCUGCUAUAUGCGAUAAGACUGAUAGCUUUCUGGCAGGUAACGUAUAAAGUCCAUCCUUCUGGAAUGCACCUUUUUCUCUUUCUCACCCCUCAACAAAAAAAAGAAAAAAAAAAAAAACUUCCUCUUUUUUUUCCCCCAUUUUUUGUCCUAGAAGAUAUAGAAAUCAUGGAUGAGCUGAUAGUGGGGAGGGUGCGGAUGUUGGGGAGGGAUUGUAGGCUUGUCAGUGCUGCUUUGCCUCUCUUACUGCUAUUCUAGUCGUGGUAAUGAUUGUAUGGCUUAAACUCCUGUAUGUACAAUAGCUAUUCUCAUUUUCUAUUAGAACGUACCUUUACGUAACACUGCAUACGACGGCACCCAGAACUUGGACUGGUAGUCUGAACUGUGCUGAAGUCCUUUCAUUACAAAGGAAAAGAAAAGGAUACAAGAACAAAACAAAACCAAAAAAAAACAACAAAACAGAAAAAUGGAAAACAUUGGAUGGACCCUACCUAUGUUUGUAUUUAACCGACUGUUUUUACUGGAAAAAGUCCAAUAAUUUUGUUUCGUUGUUAAGGUCGCUGUCCUGCCUACUGUUUGUACAUGCAUCGGUUCCCCUGCGCUGUAGCGGUAGCCUUAAAUCCUUUAGUUUUGGUUUUUUGUUGUGAUUGUUUUCCCUUUUUCUUCUUUCUUUGGCUCGUUCCUGUGGCGAGAACUAACUGUUUUAGCACUAACUAAGGAUAGCUAUUCUUCCAGAGGCUUUGCACUUUGGCUGUUUUUCGAAGUAGGGAGUUGUGGGAUUGUUAGAUGGCAAGCCAUGUUGUUUCAUUUUUACCUUUUUCCUACUAUAAAAAAUACAUUUUUGUGAAGGAUAACUUAUACUGGCAAGUAAUGUCACAUACCAUAAGUGUUUUUCAAGUACUUGAGAGUGGUCUGGAUGUGUUGAUUUGCAGUAGUUGGACAUUUUUAUCUUGGAUCAAACUAACUAUUUCUAUUUGUUGGAAGAAAAAAAAAUCCCCACAUUUGUACACUUGAAAAUGAUGAGACUCGUUUGAACAUGCGUGGUACAUAUUGGACAUUUUGAUUGGAAACUGCAUGUACACCUAAUUAUGGGACUGUAAUAAUUCAAGACCUAUAAUGUCAGGAUGAUCACCAAUGACUGGUUCACACUAAUCAACAGGGUUUUUAAAAAUUCCAUUAAACAUCAUUGCAAGGC